CGAAUGAACUAUAGCGGAAAGUAAUACUUGUGGUAUCUGUCCACGUCAGUAUAAAACUUUUGUAACAUAACCUUAAAAUUUAUAAUCCGGUAUUUGGUCUUGCCAAUGAGCAAGAUAUUUGCGUACAUGUCAAUUUUAUACAUUGUAUAACAUAAACAAGAAUAUUGCAAUAUGAAUUGGACAUUGUGCCUUUUUAUAAUCGGAUGUUUUUGUUGUAAAUAUUUAUAUGCUCAGCAACAAAGAAUUCCACCAGGUGUAUCACCCCAACAUUAUCAACAACCUCAAUUUCAACAAGUACAUCAGGUACCACAACAAAUUCCUCAACAACAGUUCCAGCAAAUGCCAGGACAGGUACCUAUGCAACAAGUUCCUGUUCAACAAGUACCUGUACAACAACAUAUUCCAACCCAUCAGGUACCAAUUCAACAAGAACAUGGACAAGCAAUACUCAAUGCUGCUAACAUAGUUCAUGAAAAAGCUCAUAUUGCAGAACACAUGGAAGUUCCAAUAGAUACUAGUAAAAUGACAGAACAAGAACUACAGUUUCAUUAUUUUAAAAUGCAUGAUGCAGACAAUAAUAAUAAGUUAGAUGGUUGUGAACUUAUAAAAUCUUUAAUCCAUUGGCAUGAACAAGAGAAGAAAGAAGUAGGUGGAGUCAAUACUGGACCAAAAUUAUUUAAGGAUGAGGAAUUGGUUACUUUAAUAGAUCCAAUAUUGUCUUUGGAUGAUACAAAUAAUGAUGGUUAUAUUGAUUAUCCCGAAUUUAUACAAGCACAGAAAAAUGCAGGAGCUACUGGUCGACAGUAAUUGCAUUCAAUAAUACAAUGUUCAAUAUUAUUAAACAAUAUUUUUAUUUCAUUUUAAACAAACAUACAGUCCCACUUAUAAACAUCAUCAUAAUUUUCACUUGUUGUCAUUGCAGUAUCAAUAAUGAUACAAACUUCUAUUUUUUUAUAUUAUAAUUGAAAUUAUUUCUAUUCUGUUAAUAUUUUUUCAAUUGUACAAUAUUCAUAUCUAAGUAAAUAUUAUUUUUUUUAUAUACAAAUUGAAGUAUUAAUUAAAAUUAUUAUUCAGAUACACCUGAAUAUAAUAAAUAAAAAUAAGUUAUAAUUAAAAAUUAUAGAUUAAAAAUAAUUGAUUUUUUAAUAAAACAAGACUGUUUUUUUUACUGAAAAAUUAUUAUUUUGUUUGAUAAAAAUUAUAUAUUUUGAAAAGUUAAUUAUUAAUUUUAAAAUUAUAACUUAAAUUCUUAAAAGAAUUUUAAGAAUUAUUUUUUUUUAAGAUGUAAUAAUAAAGAUGCAAAUUUUUUCAAUCUA